CACCUGCGGAGCUGAGCGGAGCGGGGCCUCCCGCCCGGCGGGGCCGAGCCCACCGCCGGCUUCAGGGAGGGGGCGCGGGCGGCGGCGAGGUGGGAGCCGGCGCGGGUGCUGGCAGCCCCCAGCGGCGGCGCGGCCGGAGCGGGGCGGAGAGGAGGAGCCUCCCGCAGCAAAUGAGCGAGGGCUGGCAGGUUUAUAAAUCUGCUUUUCUCUCACCACCCCCAAGCGCUGCUGACCGCGGCGGCAGCUCCCUGCCGGCCUCCCCGCGCGCCCUCUGCGGCUCCCCCAGGUAAUAUCUGGACAGCUGGAACUGGUCAUCACAGGUGUGUGGCAGAAAGGACGUGUUUCUUGUGGCUCCCCAGCUCCAGGGGUGUGCGGGCGGCUCCAAGGGGAGGCAGCAUCAUUUAUUUCUGCAACAAAACAGAAGAAUGUGCUCAGUUGUGCUUCUAAGCAACUCUACAGCUUGUGGAGAGUGUGGGCAGUUCCUGUGUGCAGCAUCCUGGAAAAUGUGCGUUCUCUUGAAGAAGUGACCUGCUGAAAAGCGUGUACUUGCGCAGUUGUUCCAGCCUGCCUUGUUGCACUGCUGUGGAGGCCUGAAAUGCCUGGUCUCUAAUACGCUCCCUGGGAUUUGCAUUUCUCCUGCUUAAGAAACACUACUUGCUGCGAUUACCCCAGGAGCCCUGAAGAGCAAGGAUGCUGAAGAUGCCUCUGUGGGCUUUUUGUGCAGUUUGGGCUUUGUUACUGGAAGUAGCAGUAGCAUUUGGUCCAGUACCAAGGAUCACUUGGGAACACAGAGAGGUCCAGCUAAUACAUUUUCAUGAACCAGAAGUGUCGAACUAUUCAACCUUGCUCUUAAGUGGAGACAAAGACGUCCUGUAUGUAGGAGCCAGAGAAGUGAUCUUUGCCUUGAAUGCAGUGAAUAUUGCUGAAAAGCAGCACGAGUUACACUGGGAGGUCACAGAAGAUAAAAGGACUAAAUGUGCAGUGAAGGGCAAAUCAGAACAGACGGAGUGUCGUAAUUAUGUGCGUGUCUUGCAACAGCUGAAUGAUACUUUCCUCUAUGUGUGUGGAACUCAUGCAUUUCAGCCAACAUGUGAUUACCUGAAUUUAAUUUCAUUUGAGCUUGGAGGUAAAAAUGAAGAUGGUAAGGGCAGAUGUCCAUUUGAUCCUGCUCAAAGCUACACAUCAGUUAUGGUUGAUGAGGAGCUUUAUUCCGGGACUUCUUACAAUUUCUUGGGAAGUGAACCUAUCAUUUCACGGCACUCUCAUCAGAGUCCUCUGAGAACAGAGUAUGCAAUACCUUGGCUUAAUGAGCCCAAUUUUGUUUUUGCUGAUGUGAUAAGAGCAGAUCAAAACAGCACAGAUGGAGAAGAUGACAAGAUAUACUUCUUUUUCACUGAAGUGUCUGUGGAGUAUGAAUUUGUUGGAAAACUGAUGAUUCCAAGAAUAGCUAGAGUGUGCAAGAGGGACCAAGGAGGAUUAAGGACCUUGCAGAAAAAAUGGACUUCCUUUCUCAAGGCCAGAUUGAUCUGUACCAUCCCUGAUAAGAAUUUGAUUUUCAAUAUUAUCAAUGAUGUUUUUAUUCUCAAGUCUCCAACUUUGAAGGAACCAGUGAUAUAUGGAGUCUUCACCCCACAGCUGAAUAACGUGGGACUGUCAGCAGUGUGUGCAUACAACCUGUCUACUGUAGAAGAGGUUUUCUCAAAAGGAAAAUAUAUGCAGAGUGCCACAGUUGAACAGUCUCAUACAAAAUGGGUACGAUACAAUGGGGAAAUUCCUAAUCCUCGACCCGGUGCGUGUAUAAACAAUGAAGCCAGAGCAUCGAACUACAUGAGUUCUCUGAAUUUACCAGACAAAACAUUGCAGUUUGUUAAAGAUCAUCCUCUAAUGGAUGACUCAGUGACUCCAAUGGGAGACAGACCUCGACUAGUAAAACGAGAUGUGAAGUAUACCCAGAUUGUGGUAGACAGAGUCAGAGCACUCAAUGGCACCAUAUAUGAUGUUAUGUUCAUCAGUACAGAUCGAGGAGCCUUGCACAAAGCUAUCAGCUAUGAAAAUGGAAUGCAUAUUAUUGAAGAAACACAGCUUUUCCCAAACUUUGAGCCAGUCCAAACUCUCUUGCUUUCAUCCAAAAAAGGCAGAAGAUACCUCUAUGCUGGUUCAAAUUCUGGUGUGGUUCAGUCUCCGGUGGCAUUCUGUGACAAGUACACCACUUGUGUUGACUGUGUUUUAGCAAGGGAUCCUUACUGUGCUUGGAAACCCCUUGAAGCUUCCUGUGUUGAUAUUUUUAAAGAAAGUGAAGUUGAAAGGAACUGGAUUCAGAACAUAGGUGGAGAUGCAUCAUCUUGUUCUGAUAAAGUAAGAGAGAAUCCCCUACAGCAUACAUUCAAGCAUGGGAGCACAGCAGAACUCAAGUGUUCUCAAAAGUCCAAUCUGGCACAGGUAGUUUGGAAGUUCAAAGAUGAUGUGCUGAGAGUGGAGAGCCCCAAGUACCGUCUGCUGGAAAAGGCGCUGCUCAUCUUCAAUUUAUCGGAAGGAGACAGCGGUGUUUACCAGUGUCUGUCAGAAGAAAAAGUGAAGAAUAAGAAAUUUUCUCAAGUGCUGGCUAAGCAUGUUUUGGAACUGAAAAAGAUCCAGCAUACCACGCUGGGCCCCACUGUGGCAGCCACACCAACAGAAGGUAAUAGCGAUGUGCCAAAAGUAUCAGCUGUGUCAACCGAGGGGUCUGCUGCUCACACCUCGACCACUCAGAUGGUGCCGGUAACGACAGCAAGGGUAGUGACCAAGCCCAUUGGCCCUGUCCUAACAAGUGCGGCCUCCAACACUGAGCUCUUCAACUCAAUGCCUGACGCGGUCCCGGAAAAGACGAUGUUCCUCAAGUCGAAUGAUAACUUCCUGUUGAUGUUCCUCUUCCUCUUCUUUUUUAUUCUGUUCUUGUGCCUGCUCUCCUACAACUGUUACAAAGGGUACUUGCCAGGGCAGUGCUUGAAAUUUCGGUCUAUCAUGCUGCUUGGUAAGAAGAAAAAGUCAGAUUUUUCUGAUUGUGAGCAGAGUGUGAAGGAGACGCUGGUGGAGCAAGGCAGCAUCAGCCACCAGAGCGGGGAGCAGCCGAAGCCAGCGCACGACACCGGCUACGAGACUGAGCCUGACUGCGGGAACGGGCAGCUGCAGCCUGGGGACCUGCCCGCGCCCCGGGAGGCCAAGGACAAGCCCUUCGAUGUCAAGUGCGAGCUCAAGUACGCCGACUCGGAUGCGGAGGGAGACUGAAGGACCCGAUUGCCCAUUUCAGUGGUGGAAACCGGCUGCGGUCCUGCAGCAAGCUGGGCACGGAGAGCAUGGGGAUGACAGCUGAGCCAUAGUGGGGUUUACAUGCUUAAGCUGUACAGCAAGCCACUUUGUGUUCAGAUCUCACCAGAUUAGAGCAGUGGUGUUCUUGUCUGCAGAACAUAGCAUCUUGUGUUGUACUGUCCUUUUUGGUUUUGUUUUUUUUUUUUUUUAGAAAUGGCCAGUUUCAGAUCACCAUUUGUUUGUUCCCAAUUUUUCUCCCACUGAGCGCUUCGCUCUGAAGUUACUUGCUUGUUCUUCAGCCCUGUUCUUCCGUAGGAUAAAAGUAACUUUCUAAUUCAGUUGGCUUUAAAAGUACUUCAGUCUACACAGGUUUUAGCCACCAUUAAAAAAAGACCUAGUUUCAUUUUAAUUCCAAAUUGGAAAUUAAGUUUAGUUUAUCAGAUUGGUAAAUUAUAGACUUUUGUCCAGAUUGGGACAUGUUUUUUUUUUCUUUCCUUUUUUCUUUUUUCUUUUUUUUUUUUCUUCUAGUGAUUAAUGUUACACUUUGUUUUGACACACUAGGUCUCUUUAGUUGGUUAAACUUAACUGCAUUUUAAGUAUCUUAGACUUUAAGGUAUAAUGGGGAUAGCAUUGGCUUGAUUUGUGUAAGACUCUCAGGGAUAAUCUCGUUUAAAGGCUUUUUUUCUUUGCUGCUUUCUUAGAAGUUUAGGUACAACAAUAUCAAUACAAAACAUGCAGUAAGUGUAGAGGGAGGGAGGAGGUAAUAGAUUUAGGAAUGCUUUUCUUUUUUCGUUUUUCUUUCUUUUAAUUUCCCCCUCAAUCAGCAAGCUGAACAUAGUUGUGUUCUCUUUUCUAUACAAAACUGGAUUAUUUUUUUUUUUUUAAUGAAACAGUAGGGGCAAGCAGCUGUCAGUCAGCAGUGACAUGGAGAGAGGGUUUUUUGCACUGUGGAAGCGAAACAGGAAUCAAGAAGAAUUAACUACCACAAUUCAGCUAGCGACUGGCUGGAAUGGACUGUUAGGAAUACAGCCUGAUGACAAAGCAUUGCUGAUUGUUUUGGUUUUUUUUUUCCCCUUUUUUUUCCAGAUUCAGAAAUAACUCAGCUUCUUUUUGUGACAAAUCUUUGCAGUGUCACCCUUUCUGGAUGACACCUUCCAGUCUCUGGUGCAACUGGAGACUGAAACUGGAGCUGCUCAAUCGGUUGUUUGAACUGUUUAUUGUGAAUCAUGCCUGCAAACGUGAAAGUGUGCAUUUGUUCUCAGCCUGGUUCACAGCAGCGCUGUUUGUCUGUAAAAGCAUUUUGUGCGGUACAGUCCUGAAGAAUUGUUCCUCUCACGGCAUCUUUCUGUAAAUAUUGCUAGAAGUAGAGUACAUUUUAACAGUAAAUAGCGGUGUGCCUGGGCUGCUUUUCUAUGUUGAACUUUCAUGUGAACAUAAUUUUAGACCAUCUUAGUGUAAACAGUUUAUAUUUUAUAAGAUUCAGUUUGGUUUUAUUUUUCUAUUUUUAAUUAUGUACAUAUAACAGAAUAAAUAUUAAAAUAAAUUGUAUUA